AUGGAUUCUGCUAAGGAGAUUCUCCAGCGGGUCCAUUCAGAGAAGAAGCCGUGUGUGGAUGGAGAAUCACACCAUCAUUCCACGACGUCGAUGCCUGCCGCGGUAUCCAAGAUGCUCGAAGACGACGACGACCUCCUCAUGGAGAUCAUUGUCCGUGUCGGCUUCCCCACCACCCUCGUGCGUGCUUCCCUCGUCUGCAAGCGCUGGUACCACCACAUCUCUGACCGCCGGUUCCUCCGCCGCUUCCGCGAGCGCCACCCGCCCCGCCUCCUCGGUUUUUGCCAUGUCCCCGAAGAUGAAUGUUCACAGUCGUCCUGUCCACGCUUCGCCCCGAUUUUGCCUCAGCCCCCAGAGCUCGCUGCCGUGGUCCGCCGCGUGGCGAGCUACAGCUUUGGCGUCGACGGCAACGAAUGGAUCAGGGAGUGCCGGCGCGGCAGUGUCUUAACCGGACGCUAUGAAGGAUUAUUAUGGAGACAUAGAGUGCACCACCCACUGUGCUCUGGGAGAGACAUGGACAUCCUCCCACCACUCCCAAGCGUCCAGAACUCCAGUCACCACAUGUUCAGUACAAUCCUCUCCAAAGAAGAUGGCGCCGGCGGCUUGUCCUACGUGUACAUGUUGGUGGAGAGGGUUGAUGAGAAUAAAGUUUUUAGGGUGCGCGUGUAUAUGUUGCGACACGGUGUCUGGUGCAUGCAUACCUCAUCUACCACACAGAUCCCUCUUCCGCCGUUGCCACGGAAAGUUGUGCUUGUUGACAAUAAAAUCUAUAUAGCUGACAAGUUCAGUGAUGACAUUAUUGUCUUGGAUUUGCCAGCCUCAAGUUUCUCCAAAAUUUCAGUCCCACAGGGAGUGCAAUGUCACCAUUAUACCACCAUCUUGUCACGAGCCGAUGAUGCAUCCGGUGUAUAUCUCACCCAUGUUCAUGUCAAGGAGCUUCAGCUUUGUAUCUGGCUCCACAAGGGGCACAACUGGUUGCUGGUCGAUACCAUUUGUUUGCGUCAGAUGUGGGCUAAUUUGAGGAUGCUAGAUCAUACGGUUGAGGAUGAGGAUGUUGAUUUUCACUUCUUAAGCCACGUGGGGGAUAAUGCUGAGUUUGUGCUCUUGGAAAUGUCUAAUUGCAAACUCCAUCUGGACGUCACGAGCAGGACACUGCGUAAAGUGCAUGGGACGCCAUUAAAGAAUGGACAUUUCAUUGAUGUCCAUCCUUUUAUGAUGAUUUGGCCACCCAUAUUCCCUCUGCUGAAGGAUGCUACUGCAAGGUAUGUUUGA